AUGAUUCCUGCAUUAUUCAAAAUUGAAUGCGAUGUAGAGGAUCCGAAUAAUCUUGCUAUCUUUGCUGAUAUAUCCGCUUUUAGUGAUUUUCCGGAAGAGCAAGAAGUAUUGUUUGAUGUUGGCACACUCUUUACAAUAGAAAUAGUUAAGGAAGAAAAACUAGAAGAUAAUGAUAUAUUAUUAGUUGCGAUAAAGACAACUGGAGAAGGACAAGAAAUUACAGCAAACUAUAUGGAAGUGAAUCGACGAGAAAUGCAAGAUGAAAGUCCAAAAAUAAUGCUUUGUAAUCUUUUGAAAAGAAUGGGUAAAUUUGAAAAAUCUCUGAAAUUUCUUAAACAACUUCGAAGGAAUCCUGGUGAUGAAAAUCUGGCUCAUAUUCAUAAUCGCAUUGGUAUUGCUCUCAAAGAUGAGAAGAAAUACGAAGCUGCAUUAGAACAUUUUCAAACUGCAUUUGAAUUAGCUUAUAAUUCUGAACCAUCACAACGCAAAUACUGUGCUUUUAUACUUCAUAAUCAAGGUCUCGUCUAUGCCAAACAAAACAAAUUAAAUGAAGCGUUAAGUUUUCAACAACGUGCCUUGGAGAUUUUAGAGAGUAUAGGAAAUACUAAUGCCCAUUUUGUUGCUUCAUACUAUGGUAGUAUCGGACGAAUUUGUUCACGUCAGAAUGAUUUUGAUAAAGCUAUGAAAUACUUUAUAGAAGCGAUAAAAAUAAGUGAAAUGUCUUUAUCAACUGAUCAUGUUUAUAAUGCUUGCACUUAUGCAGAUAUUGCUACAAUGUAUUCUCGUCAGCAUAAGUAUGAUGAAGCUCUUUCAUAUCAUCUUAUGGCGUUGGAAUUACGAAAGAAAUAUUUACUAUCCAAUAACUAUAAUAUUGGUUGGAGUCUUCAGGAAGUGGGCCGCAUGUAUUACAAGAAGGGUGAUUCACAGAAAGCACUUGAAUAUUAUUUAGAAUCAUUGAAAAUUUUAAGAAGUUAUACAUCCGCUUCUUGGCAACACAAUCUCAUCUGGUUACUCGAUAAUAUUGCAUUAGUUUAUGGUGAUGAUAAAGUGGAAGAUAAUACUGAUGAUGAUGAUGAUUUUCCAUUCAAUGGUUUAUUUUCCCCAAUUGCAAAAUUCUUCCUUGAUUUCGAUCAACUUUUCUUCGGUUUCUCAACUACAUUUUCAAUUCCUCAAGAAAUCAACAAUGAAAAUCCUCGACCAUCAACUAGUCUAAGAGAUGAAGUUGUCAAACAAGAGUUUCGAAAUAAUCAUCAUGAUGAUGAAAAUCUUGAUUCUACUAUAGAAAAACAUGAUCUUAACGGAGCAUUUCCAAAAACUUUUAUAAUAACAACAAUGAAACGAGAAACAAAAUCACCACGAACAAUAAGUAAAAUAUGUGGAGAUAAACAUCAUAAAACAGUAAAACAAGAUGGUAAAAUAAUUCGAGAAUAUGGAAAUGCAACAACAAAUGAAUUAGAUCAAGUUGACUCAUCUUCGAAUGAUAAUAAUGAUCAAGCAAUUAUUUGCGGGAAUAGACGUUAG